AUGCAGAAAACACAUCACCAAUCGCCAAUACGUCUUGCUGGUACACAACUGAAUGCAAAAUUUUACUGUCUCGUCGCGCGACGAGUUCGUCGUCGAUCGACCGAUCGAUCGACCGAUCGCUCACCGGCUGCGCGAGGCGAUCAUCUGCGAGAACUUAUCCCCGCCGCCGCCGCUCGCGGCUUUCUCCUCCUUCUUCGGCGCAUCCGCGACCGCGGUCGCCUUCUGCGCCUUCAUGCGCUCGACCGCGUUCAUCUCCUUCCCGUCCGCGCCCGACUUCAGAUCCGCGAAUCGCGACGGUCCCUUCUUCGCCGGCGGCGGCGACGACGGCGGCGCCGGCGGCUUCGGCGCCUCCGGCUUCUUCGGCGCGGCCGCGGGCGGGGUGUGGUACCGCGCCGCGAAGGACUGAUCCUCCAUCUUCGGCCGCGCGGGCGUGGACGACGGCUUAGGCGGCGUCACCACGUUGUUCUUGGACGGCCCGGCGUCCGCGUCGGAGGACUUCUUUUCCGCGCCCUUCUUGAGGUCGGACCACUUCCCGCCGCCGCUUCCCGAGUCGGAGGAGCUCGAGCUCGGAGAUGCCGACGGCUUGGCCUUGGGCGGCGAGGGAGGCGGCGGCGGCGGCGCGCCCGCGCCGACGUUCUCCUUCCUCGACUUGGCGAACGAGUCCCUGAACGACUUGAGCAUCUCCUCGACGUCGGACUCGGCUUGGAUCGGCGCGUCCAGCGCGGCUUUCACCGCCGCCGUCGCCGCCUUGGCAGCCUUCUCCGCCUUCGCCGCAGCCUCGGCGAGGAUCUUCGCGUCGUCCGCGUACUCGUCCUUCUUCUUCUCUUCCUUCUUUUCCUCCUUCUUUUCUUCCUUCUUCUCAGCCUUGACCUCGUCCUUCUUCUCGUCCUUCUUCUUCUCGUCCUUCUUCUCUUCCUUCUUUUCGCUGGACGCCUUGAUCAUCUGCGAGAACUUAUCCCCCGCGGGCUUGUCGUCCUUCUUUUUUUCUUCCUUCUUCUCUUCCUUCUUCUCAGCCUUGACCUCGUCCUUCUUCUUGUCGUCGUCCUUCUUCUCUUCCUUCCCGGACUUGAGGUCGGCGAAGCGAGAGACCGCGUUGUCGGGCUCCUUCUUCUUUUCCUCCUUCUUCUCUUCCUUCUUCUCAGCCUUGACCUCGUCCUUCUUCUUUUCCUCCUUCUUUUCCUCCUUCUUCUCUUCCUUCUUUUCUUCCUUCUUCUCAGCCUUGACCUCGUCCUUCUUCUCAGCCUUGACCUCGUCCUUCUUCUUCUCUUCCUUCUUCUCUUCCUUCUUCUCAGCCUUCUUCGCCAGCACGGGGGACUCGCCCUUGAGGUGAACGUAGCUCCUGCCCUUGAAGUCGCCGGUGACGCACACCGUCUUCCCGCCCGCGUACGGCUGCAGGAUCCGCUUGAAGUCCCGCCUGAACUCCGUCUUCCACUGCGUCGGUCGCGACGCGCGGCGGGUGAUGAGCUUGUACCGAAUCUCGCCGCCGGGCGCGACGUCCACCUCGCCCUUCCAGACGUCCCCGGGACCCCACUUCAGGGGCUUCGCCUUGAGCGGGUCCCACCCGCCGAGCUCUUUCGCGCCGCCCAUGACGCAGAUCUCGUGCCCGAACUCCGUCUUCCCGUGGAAGUUGAACGCGACGGCGACGAGCUCCUUCUUUGGCUUUUUAUGCGACAGCUCCACGCCCGCGUCGAAUCGGCCCUUCGCGAGGAGCUCGGAUCCGCCGUCGUACAGCUGCAGGACGCGGUUGAUGCCGCCCUCCCACUGGUUCCCGUGCCUGCGCGUGCACGUCACGAGCUUGUACUCCAUCUCCCCCCCCGCGGGCACCUCGACGCUGCCCUUCCAGACGUCGCCCUCGGACCAUCUCAGCGCGACGCCGUCGUUCGCGUUCCACCGACCGAGCUUAUCCGACCCGCCGACCACCUUGACGACGCUCCCGAACGCGGUCUUCUUCUCGAUCUCGAAGUUGACGAGCACCUUGUCCUUGCUGAUUUUCUUCUCCUCGUCCUUCUUGUCGUCGCCCGCGACGACGAAGCGCGUCGUCGCGCGGAGCGGGCGGGAGAUCGCGCGGUGCGCGGGAAGAAUUUUCGCGCCCGUCAGCGAAUGCUGCGCGCGCGACGCCAGGCACGGCGCGCUCGCGCUGCGCGUGAGCGACGCGCUCGGCGACGCGAGGAACGCCAUGAUGUUCACGAAACGUGUCUCGGGAGAACGCGCCGCGUCACGAUGGCGAGGCGGUGCGUCCGCGUUGUGACGUCGCGUCGAAUCCCAGCACUCGAGAUAUAUGGACUGUCAGCGAACCGGUGGGCAACGUGA